AUGAGGUUCACACCGUACACCACGACCAUGGGUCUGAGCGGCCUAAAACUAAAUUUCGCUGUGGCUUUCAUUGCUACCUGCGCUUUCUGGUUGUUUGGAUAUGACAUGAGUGUUAUGGGAGGUAUUAUCACGGAACAUCCAUUCACAUCCGUCUUCCCCGAGAUGGACAAUGCAAGUGUACAGGGCAUCGUUAUCGCUGCCUUCGAACUCGGAGCAUUGAUCGGAGCGCUAUCUUGUCUCGAUCUCGGUGAUCGCCUUGGAAGGAGAGCCACCGUGUUCCUCGGCAUGGGAUUCAUGCUCGUUGGAGGAGUCCUGCAGACAAGCGCCUGGAAUGUCGCUCAGAUGACUGUAGGACGUGUCAUCAGCGGUAUCGGACUUGGCCUUCAGGUUGCCACUGUGCCGUCCUGGCAGUCCGAAUGCGCGAAGCCGCAUAGCAGGGGUCGAUGGGUAAUGAUCGAAGGUGGUCUGCAGACUUUCGGUGUGGCUUGCGGGCAGCUGAUCAGCUAUGGCUUCUUCUUUGUCAAAGGUCAAGCUCAAUGGCGGAUCCCCGUGGGUAUCCAACUCAUCCCCGCAGUCAUCGUCUUCAUCUUCAUCAACUUCCUUCCGGAGUCUCCCAGAUGGCUCGUCAAGCAUGGCAUGGUCGCCGAGGCAACACAGAACCUGUCAAAGCUGCGCGCACUUUCUGAGGACGACCCGGUCCUUGUAGCCGAGCGCGACUCAAUCAUCGCAUCAUUCGAAGCCCAAUCCAAGCUGGCACCCUUCUCCUACAAAGAGCUUUUUGAAAACGGGCAGACCAAAACUUUCUACCGCAUCGCAAUCGGCACCUUCAUCCAAGCAGCACAGCAGCUCUCUGGCAUCAACAUGGUCUCCACUUACGCCAAUAAGAUCUUGCAAGAGUCUUUCAAUCUCUCUCCCAGCAUGUCGCAUUUCAUUGCUGCCAUGGGUGGUCUCGAAUAUGCAGUCUGUUCGCUACUGUCAGUUUUCCUCAUCGAAGGCUUGGGUCGCCGCAGAUCCUUCAUGAUCACUGCCACCGGCAUGGCCGUCUGCUUCGCCAUCAUCGCCGGCCUGAGCUCGACCUCCGACCGCACGAAUCAGCUCGUGGCCGCAGGCUUCCUCUUCCUCUUCAACACCUUCUUCGGUCUCGCAUGGGUUGGUGGGCCCUUUCUGUACAGUGCGGAGAUCGCGCCGCUCCGGUGUCGCGCUCAGGCGAAUGCGAUCGCCAGUGCUGGCAACUGGCUUUUUUGCUUCGUGGUUGUCAUGAUCAUCCCUCCGGCGUUCGCGAACAUCGGAUGGAAGACUUACAUCAUCUUCGCUAUCUUCAACUUCCUUUUCGUGCCCACAAUCUACUUUUUCUUGGUUGAGACAAAGAAACGCUCUCUCGAGGAGCUGGACGUUAUUUUCGCGGCUGGAGGUGACCCGGUUAAGCGGGAAAAGAGCAUGCCGUACAAUCUGUCUGUGGCAGAGUCGAGACGUGUCUUGGGCUUGGAUGAAGAUUCAAACGAGACAUUGGAACAUGGAUCGCUUAAUAUCGAGAAGGUAUGA